AUGGCAAAGAACCACAGUAACGGAAUGAUAAAAAAGCCGAGAAGUAAGGUAAGCAAGGCGUGUGAAAAUUGUCGGCGAAGGAAAAUCAAGUGCACGGGCAAGCAACCUUGUAGUAACUGUGUUACUUAUGGCUGUGAGUGUGUGUUCGCUGUGACACCAGUGAGUAGCACGACAAAUAUCUCCAUCGAUGGGAAAUUUCACGGGGAUGUGACCUCAGGACAUUCAAGCAUUUCGAAUACGGAGACACAUACUUCGAAAGAACUGCUAGAUAGCGCUACAAGCAGCAGCGAAUCGAGCUUCGAUAGCGCUACUAACAGGGGAGGAAGGGACACAAGCAGUACCGGGCCGCAGGAAGUUUUCGACCCAGUAAUGGAUUGUGUGAAAGAGGCCCUCAAACAUGUUGCUGGUGACAGUAGCGAGUCUAGUGAAGCGUCUUUUAAGAAGUUUGCAGGAAGCAUGGCUUCUGUUGCGCCUGAUCUGGCCGCAAUGGAAGCAAUACAGCCAAAUUUUGGAGACAAUGGAUUGUAUAAGGAUGAUACAGCAUUUCAGGUGCAAAUAAUGCAGUUACAGAGCUCUUUGAAACAGUUGAAGGCUAUACCAAACACAAGUGAACUGAUUCAAAACGCUAUUACGAAUAUUGAAAAACAGGUUGAGGAAUUGGUUGACAGGUGGCAGCCAGAAUUCGACAUUAACCGUGUCUCUAAUAUCAUGAAUGCAAAUAAUGGAAAUUUUGAAAAUAUGAAAUCUAUUGAAAGUCAUUUGAUGAAGAAUAAGUACACAGAUCAAGUGUUUCUAACAACUUUCUCUUCCGUGACAGAUGGUUCAAAAAAUGAGAAAAAUUUAAAUACAGGUGCAAGCAGUCGCACUGUAAAGUCAAACAGCACUAAUGGUAAUAACAAUAAUAAUGUGGCAACUUUCUUCCGAAAUAAGCCACUUGUUGACAGUGUUUUUGGGUUAUAUUCACCCGUGCAAAGUCUUUCGUUAAGAGGUAUUGGGCAUUUCUUCCAGAAAUGUGCUGGUGGACCGGAGUCAAAAUCGAAAACUAUCCAAUUGAAAGAAUCAAUAUAUCUACUUUUAAGAUUCUUCGAUAUAUGUAUUAGAGAUUUCAGUCGUGGUUGUGUUUCGAUAGCAAGUCCCCUGGACGAUUAUUUGCGAAAGAAAGAUAUGGUUGAUCUAAAAAGAAGUAAUUUAGGCUCGGUUGGUAGUCCUGGAGCAGCACAUGAUAGAGACCUUAUCUUAUUACUGAUAAGUCAUUUACCACAACCGUUUAUACAGAACUUGACAUCGAUAAGUAAUGCACAGCUCUGUCGAAAACUGGAUGACGCUUUUGAAAUGUUUCAUAUACUACUGAAAAUGUUUACAAGUCACAGAAAUGGUUUUGAUACCCUAUUAGUCAAAAUUACUUCCCGCAAAGCACCGGGAUCUGAUUCAAACUUGACAGAAGCAGAGAAUCAAGAGUUCUUGAAUUAUUGUGAAGCAGAAGAGCUAUUGUUGGCAUUGACUUAUCACUAUUACAAUUCGACACUGUACCACUUCGACGAAUAUUCUGGGAGCCUAAAUUAUGUCGAACUCUUGGUUUCAUUAUUGGACAUGCAAAUAUGGUUAGGAGAAAAGUAUGGAUAUGAAAAAGUUCUUGACGUUGCAAUUAGUUAUUCAAGAAAGUUAGGUCUGUCAAGGUGGGAAUUUUACGUUGGACUUGACGAAGAAACUGCUGAAAGGAGAAGGAAGGUGUGGUGGGAUUUAUAUUGUAUCGAAAAAAGGUAUAUGUGCAAAACUGGUCGGUUAUCAUCAAUUGAUGAUAGUAUGAUGAAUUGUCUGUUGCCAAAGGUGUUUAGAAAUUUGAAUUUUUCCGACAAUAGAGACUUUUUAUCCAGAGUUCAUUUGGUUAAACGAAACAGUGCCUUUGACAACAUGUCUGUCUCAGUUCUCAGAAGUUACGGCGAAUGCGGUGUCAUGCAAUUGGCAAGUAGUUUCUACACCAAUGUACUGUAUGAUGAACGCUUUACAUCCAUUAGAAAUACAGCAAAGCCACCCUUUGUAAAGACUAGAUUGUUGUUUGAACUGUUUGAAGAAAUUCAAAAAAUCAGGGAGCAAUUUGAAGCUAUAAAAAAUCAAACUUCAAAACUUUUUGAAAUUGCAAAUUCAUCUCAAACUUCACACAUGUUUGUUUCUGCAGCGGAAAAAAGUGAGGCAGUACAAUUCGUGUUAUUUUAUGGCUGCAGUUUUUUUUCAAUUUUGAGUUCUACCGGUAAUUUAGUUUCACGGCUGUUUUCACCUCCGAAAUCUCCUUUUGUGCUUCAACAUUGUGUCAAAAUUGCCACAGUAGCAUACGAUCUAUGGCGUGAAAUGACCAACCUUUUGUUAUCUAUUGAUGACGAUUACACCAUUGGCCGUGUUUUCAAUGAUUAUCAUAUCGUUUGUUUGCUGGUUGCAACGACGUCUUUUGAUAAAUGUACUUUCGUAAGACGAAUUGACGAAGUUGUAACAUUUCUUAGAGUGGUCAAGAGGCUUAGAAAUAUCACAAUUUAUGCGAAAAAUAAGAACAAUGCUGCUGUGCUGGAAAGUAAGGCUUACCUUGCGCAAAGUAAACUAAUUACAUUUGUGGGGAUUACUACAAAUAAUAUGCUUCUGGGUUACAUGCACGAUAACAAUCUGGACAGAGAGAAACUCUCGAGGAUUGUAAAGCAAUGUGCACCAGACGUCGCAGAACUUCCUGAUUUGGUUUUAAAUCCAAAAUCUGAUCUGUAUGAGCUUCUCAUGCAGCCGGUUGAAAGUUGUGGGUACCACAUGGAUGUGAAAAAACUCUUUGAAAAAGACGAUAAAGGUCUAAACUCUUUCUCAAAUGAUUCAUAUCCCAAAACUGCAGUACAGUUGACUCCUCUAGGUUCUGAGUCUUCUCCCGGGACAGCAGCGAUCUCGAGAGGCAUGUCUCCUCCCUCACCACCUUAUCCGCAACCGGCAGAAUCUAAAUUUCCGAAACUCCCAUCUAUACAAUCUCUCACAAGUCCAAUCUCGGAAAAUAUUGUUAACAGACUACAUCAAGUGAAGCCUGCCGUUGAUCAAGCAUCAGCUGUCACGUCUCCAGAUGUAUCCGAUUCUUUAAUGGUGAACCAAAAAUUGAAUGGCAAUCUUAAUUCGUCUUCGGCAAGCUUUAAUUUGGGUACUUUGGAUGAGUUUGUUAAUCAUGGAGAUUUGAAUGACAUUUUCAAUACGCUUUGGAGUGAUCUGGAUGACAAUAAUCAGGUACUGUUCGAAGGGAAUAAAUUAGAUGAUUAUUGGAAUAAAAGUGUGUAA